AAAGUCAAGAAAAUUGUACGACGGCCAACCAACGAGAGCUAUAUUGAGCCUCGUACACCCACUGCCUCGCCGUCGCCGGAAAUGGCAACCGGUUGCAGUAAAGCUCAAAUACCCGUUCUCACUCUCCUCUCCUUCUUCCUCCUCGCUCAUUCUAGAUUGAUUCUCAACCCUUUGGAUCUUAAAGCCCUCUCCAUCCUCCGAACAGACUUGGGCCUCAACUCUCAACAUUACCUCUCUGCAAAACCAUGCAAACUUCCUGGUGUUUUCUGUGAGAGGAGGCUCUCCAACAGCAGCAUCCAUGAGCUCAGAAUCACUAGACUCGUCUUUGAAUCGCAACACCUCGCCGGGUAUCUGUCCCCGGCGAUCGGUAGUCUCUCUGAGCUCAAAGAGCUAUCUCUUCCUCACAACCAGCUCGUUGACCAAAUGCCAUCCCAGUUAGUUGAUUGCCGGAAACUGGAAAUUCUGGACCUCCAGAACAACCGGUUUUCCGGGGAAAUCCCGAGCGAAUUGUCCUCGCUUUUACGCCUUCGAGCCCUCAAUCUCGCUUCUAAUAAGUUCUCUGGCGACUUGAGUUUCUUGAAGUAUUUUCCAAAUUUGGAAAAUCUCUCUCUGGCGGAUAAUCUCUUCACCGGGAAAAUUCCAGCAUCCGUUCGUUCAUUUCGUAAUCUCAGAUUCGUCAACUUCUCAGGAAACCCGUUUCUUGAAGGUUCAGCGCCAUUGAUGAACCAGCUCGAGUACUCGGCAUCCGAUGUUCCAAAACGUUACAUCUUGGCUGAGAAUUCAACUGGAAAAAGCAAUACUACUUCUGCCGUUGCACCAUCUGCAAGCACAGCUGCUACCUCUGGUGGCCCAGCUCCUUCUCCGGCGGUACCAACCCACAAACGCAAGAAAGAUAAAAGGAAGCUAAGUGGGUGGAUAUUCGGAUUUCUGGCCGGAGCACUGGUAGGAAGUAUAUCUGGGUUCGCCUUUUCGUUGCUCUUUAAGCUGAUCUUGGCUUCGGUAAGAAGUAGAAGGAAGGAACAAAGCCCUUCAAUCUUUAGUCCUUUGAUAAAGAAAGCAGAGGACUUAGCAUUCUUGGAGAAAGAAGAUGGCCUAGCCUCGUUGGAAAUCAUAGGAAGAGGAGGUUGUGGAGAGGUUUACAAGGCUGAAUUGCCAGGAAGCAACGGGAAAAUGAUUGCCAUAAAGAAGAUAACUCAACCUCCAAAAGAUGCGGCAGAAUUGACAGAGGAAGACAGUAAGCUUCUGAACAAGAAAAUGCGUCAAAUUCGAUCAGAGAUAAACACGGUCGGUCAAAUUAGACACCGGAAUCUUCUUCCUCUGUUGGCCCAUCUGAGUCGCCCUGAUUGCCAUCUCCUUGUGUAUGAACACAUGAAGAAUGGUAGUUUACAGGACAUGCUGAAUGAUGUUUCAAGAGGGAUUAAAGAAUUGGACUGGCUUGCUCGACACAGGAUUGCACUGGGAGUUGCAGCAGGGCUGGAGUAUCUUCACAUGAGCCACAGCCCACGAAUAAUUCACAGAGAUCUCAAGCCGGCAAAUAUACUGCUAGAUGAUGACAUGGAAGCUCGAAUUGCGGAUUUCGGACUUGCAAAAGCAAUGCCCGAUGCUAAUACGCAUAUCUCAACUUCCAAUGUUGCCGGAACUGUUGGUUAUAUAGCACCGGAAUACCACCAAACACUGAAGUUCACAGACAGGUGUGACAUCUACAGCUUUGGGGUGAUGCUAGGGGUCUUGGUGAUGGGAAAGCUCCCAUCUGAUCAGUUUUUCCAAGAGACAAAUGAGAUGAGCUUGAUUAAAUGGAUGACGAAUGUGAUGACAUCAGAGAAUCCUACACGAGCAAUUGACUCAAAGCUUCUGGGAAAUGGAUUUGAGGACCAAAUGCUCUUAGUUUUGAAGAUUGCUUGUUUCUGUACACUAGAGGACCCAAAGCAAAGGCCUAACAGCAAGGACAUUAGGUGUAUGCUGUCUCAGAUCAAGCAUUAAGUAUGCAUGUAAGGAUAAGCGUCAGGAUGAUCAAGAAUAAUUAUGCAUGUGACAAACAAUGAAUGUUUAAGUAGAUCAAUUAUAUCUCAAUAUUGCAGCAUGUUGUCUUUCUGGUA